AUGUACUUAUCUAAACGAGAGUUAAUAAUUGCCUUUCAUGACUUUGUAGUGGCGCACAAGGUGAUGGUACAAAGGAAUGUCCUACACAGAGACCUUAGCCCCAACAACUUCAUUAUCUCCAAUGGACGCAGCUACUUCAUCGACUUUGACCACGCUCAGAUCAUUAUGGAAGGCAACACUGGUGUUCAUUCACAGGGUACUGGUACUGUGCCAUACAUAUCUAUCCGCCUUCUCUAUGCAGCAACUGUGAUUGAAAGAGCCAAUGGCAAGCAAACAGACCUCCAGAUGGAACAGUGGGGUCAGGCCAUUGAGGACAUGGGCACUGUAACACUCAGGUUGGCGUUGGGCACGUAUCUGGUGAUAAUCAUGUUUUAUAUUCCUCAACACACUUCCGAUCUUCUGAAAAGUUCCGCAUGCUUGUCCGAGUCGUCUGAAGGUCGUCUGUCCAAUUCCGAGGCCUUUCUAGCUUUUCCGAUCCUCGGUACCAUGUCCUGCCCUUGUCUGUUUGACUUCACUGGUGCAUUUUUCACUUGGUUAUCUGUUAUUGAUUAUGUCUAG